AUGAGCCGAAGCAAAGUGUUUUUUGACAUAUCGAUUGAUAAUAAAAACGCGGGUAGAAUAAUUUUUGAAUUAUUCAGUGAUAUUACCCCUAAAACGUGUGAAAACUUUAGGUCAUUAUGUGCAGGUGAUAAAGUGGGUUCAAAAGGAAAGAAUUUACAUUAUAAAAAUUCUAUAUUUCAUAGAAUUAUUCCUCAAUUUAUGUGUCAAGGAGGGGACAUAACUAAUGGCAAUGGUUCAGGUGGAGAAUCCAUAUAUGGAAGAUCUUUUACUGAUGAAAAUUUUAAAAUGAAACAUGAUCAACCGGGUCUAUUAUCUAUGGCUAAUGCAGGACCAAACACAAAUUCUUCGCAAUUCUUUAUCACCCUUGUUCCAUGUCCAUGGUUAGAUGGAAAACAUGUAGUUUUUGGAAAAGUUGUGGAGGGUAUGAAUGUUGUAAGGGAUAUGGAAAAAGAAGGAGCUAACAGUGGAUUUGUUAAAAGGCAAGUUGUUGUAACUAACUGUGGUGAAUUGUAA